AUGUCUAUCUCGAACCAAGCGCUCGAAAAGUUGAUUCGUGAAAUUGAGAGCCAAGCGAUUGUGGCCCAGCAGCAGAUUGGCCAGGCUCGCACGCAGAUGACGGCAAAGCAACGAGAAAUGCGCAUGGUGCGCCUGACCUUGGAUGAGGUGUCGACCCUACCCGUGAACUCGGGUGUUUACGAGGGUGUUGGCAAAAUGUACGUGGAACCCUCGUUGGCUAGUUGCAAAGGAGCGGAGUGGAAGAAGAUGCAGCUCGGUACCGAUUUUGCUGACACUUGGCCUGCCGGUGGGGAGGCGGAAAAGAAGCUGGAGGGCCAGAUCAAGGAGAAGGAGGGAGAGGUUGAGAAGCUGAGCCAGAAGCUGCAUUACUUAGAGACGACAUACAAGAACAGCCGGCAGCACAUUGACCAGAUGCUUAAGGCACAAUCAUGA